AUUGCAGAAGGUGGCUCACGUGACGCCUCCUCGCUUAUUGUUAUGUAACUGUGGCGAUGUCACGGUGAUGGACGUCUGCACGGGCAGGCAGAAGGCCCGGCUGGGGGGGCUAUAUUAGAGGCAUGUGGGCACCCUGAACGGAUACCUGCCAAGGGUGGGCCGGAGCCAUGUCUAGCAUCAUGAGUGUGUGGAGAGCCAUCACCAGGUACCCUGUGACCAGAGGAAUGGCCACCUAUGCCCUGCUUAUGCCUGCCAGCAACACCACCCAACAGCUGCUUGACCCAAACAGGAAGAAAUACGAUCUCAAGGAGACACUGCGUUUUGGCGUGUUUGGGGCAUUUAUCCUUGCACCAAGCCUCUACUGCUGGGUGCGUCUGGCCAACAUGAUUGUGAAGACAGAAACCCUCAAAGGAGCCAUCAUUAAGGCACUUGUUGAGCAGGUGACAUGGUCACCUUUUGCUUACACGCAGUUUUACCUGUGCAUAAACCUGAUGGAAGGAAAGUCAUGGGAUGAGUGUGAGCAGCAAUGGAGGACAAAGGUGCCACAAACAUGGAAGACUGGAGCGUGUUUCUGGCCGGUGGUCCAGACGGUGAACUUCUGGCUGGUGCCCAUGAAGAACAGGGUGCCCUUCACUGCCUGCUUCUCCUACAUCUGGAACACCUUUCUCUCCUACAUGCACCACAAACAAGUGCCAGCUUAGGGCCUCCAGGGAUAACCUUGGUGUGCAACUCAAGAUAAAUUUUGUAGAUAUUUUAAAACAAAUCUUAUCUUAGAAGAAUGGCUUACUUACGCAAAGUGUGAAUAUUUUAAUUGAUAUGUGAUUAA